AUGACGUCCUACGCGUAUGAGCCCAAGACCGACCGAGCCCACGAGAGCAUCUCGAGCCUCUCAGCAGACAAUGAUCUGGGGCAUGAGCAAGAGCAGGGAUCAUACAACGUCGGCCCAGCACCGGAUGGCGGACUGCAAGCAUGGACUCAGGUCGCCAUGGCUCAUUUGACCAUCUUCAGCACGUGGGGAUGGGUUACGAGCUAUGGCGUCUUCCAGGAGUACUAUAGGACCUCUCUGGGCCUCGACCCCUCCGCCAUUUCCUGGAUUGGCAGUGUUCAGAUCUUCCUGCUCUUCUUUCUCGGGACUUUUAGCGGGCGCGCGCUUGAUGCUGGCCUGUUCCGACCCGUCUAUCUAGCUGGCACCUGCUUUCAACUGCUGGGCGUUUUCUCCAUGUCGGCCGCCACCAAUUAUUGGCAAUUGUUCCUGUCGCAAGGCCUUUGCAUAGGCAUUGCUGGCGGUCUGCAGUUUUGCCCUGUCAUGUCUUUGAUUAGCACAUACUUCGUCAAGAAACGCUCAUUUGCCAUCGGUUUCGUCACAAUUGGCUCCUGUACUGGAGGUGUUGUGUUUCCCAUCGUUGUUCAACAACUACUUCCGCGCAUUGGCUUCCCUUGGACCAUCAGAGUGUGCGGCUUCCUGAUGCUAUUCACGAACAUCUUGACAAACCUCGUCUACCGCACGAGAUUACCACCUCGUAAGACAGGCCCCCUCGUUGAGUGGUCGUCAUUCAAGGAACUACCGUAUGUGCUCUACUGCGCCGGAAUGUUCUUCAACUUCUGGGGACUUUACUUUGCCUUUUUCUAUGUUGGUAGCUAUGGUCGCAACAUCAUCGGCAUGAGUUAUCACGACUCUGUCGAGCUUCUUCUUACUAUGGUCGCCAUUGGCUUCAUCUGGCGCUUGCUCCCGAACUACUUCGCCGACCGCAUGGGUGCCGUCAAUGUCAUGUUGCCAUUCAGCUUGCUGUGCGGUAUCAUGAUGUUCGCAUGGAUAGGUGUCCACUCAAAAGCAUCCCUCUUUGUAUUUGCUGCCAUCUAUGGUUCCGGUUCUGCUGGUUUGCAGUCCAUGUUCCCAGCAGGCUUAUCAAGUCUGACUACAGACAUGAAGAAGGCCGGUGUUAGAAUGGGAAUGGGAUUCACUAUUGUCAGUUUUGCCUGUCUCACUGGCCCGCCGUUAGCUGGAGCACUCAUCAGCAACAACAAUGGCAACUAUCUUCCUGCGCAGCUGUGGGGAGGUGCCUCAUUUGUCCUUGGCGCGUCACUCCUUGUAGGUGCCAGGACAGCCAAGGUAGGCCUUCACCUCAGGCAAAAAGUUUGA